AUGAAAAGUCUCUUUCGAUCUCGUAUACCACCAGAAUUAACACCAACACAAAUCACUAGCUUAUCUACAGAAUCUCAUUUACCAGCAGAAGAUAUUAAAGAAUGGUAUGAACGUUUUAAUCAUUGUUAUCCACGUGGUUAUCUUUCUUAUAAAGAAUUUAUAAGUUAUUUACAACAAGUUAAUACUCAAAAUGGAAAUGAUAAUCGUCUUACAAAAUCAAUGGUUAAACAAUUAUUUAAUGUUUUAGAUUUAAAUGAAGAUAAACAUUUAAAUUUUGAUGAAUUUUUUCUUUUUAAUAGACUAAUUAAUCAAGGUUCAUUAGAAGAAAAACUUAAAUUAAUAUUUCGUUUAUAUGAUCGAGAUAAAAAGAAAUAUUUAACACGACAACAACUUGAAAAUAUAUUAUCAAAUAUGUUUGAUUUAUUAAAUCUUUCGAAAUCAAAAAAUGGUUUAUCACAAAACAUUGAAAAAAUAUUAAAUCGUGCUAAUUUUAGUAGUCAAAAUACAAAAAUAAGUUGGAGCACAUUUAGUACAUAUGUUCUGAAUGAUCCAUCAUUAUUUGCAAUGUUAGUGUCAAAUGAUAUUGAACAUGAUGAACCUGACGAUGACGUUGACUAUUUAGUAACACGAUUUUGA